AUGCCCACGCGUUUUCAUUCCCCGUUUCACGCGCUCUCGAGCGUCGAGGAUAUCCACGAGCACGUCUUCACCGGCCUCCUCCUCGUCUCCGACCUCGGAUGGCUCCUCCUACUGCCCGCGGUUAACCCCGCGAUGCUCAUCGUGACCAUCGCGUACUGCGCACACGUCGCGUGGACCACCGAUCGCGUCGAGAACCCGCACGAGUCCGUCUUCUGGAUCGCCACCCUGACCUGGUGCACCGGGAACGCGCUGUGGAUGGCGAACGAUUUCGAGACGGACGCGCCGGACGGCAUCCCGACCGUCGGCCACGUCUCGCACGUCGUCUCGCGGUGUUUGCUGUACGCCGCGGGCGCCGUGCUCGCCGCCGGGCUGGCGUUCGAGCUGUUCUACUUCGUUCACCUCAGGCACACGCCUCGAUUCGUGGAAGCAGCGAAGGGAGCCGCGGCGGCUUUGGACGACGGGGGUGAAGCCGGCGACGGCGGCCGGAGCCUCUCCAGAAACCUUUCCGGAAAGGCGGUCGCGUUCGACGGCCCCGCGUUUCUCCCGAACGUCCUUCGCGUCGAGUCCCACGUCGAGUACGAGGGCGUGUCGCACGCGCUGUGGAUCGCGAAGGACCUGUGCUGGUGGGCGUCUGUCGAGAUUUUUCCGGGGCGAGUUUUUUUCCAGGCGACGACGGUGGCGGUUGCGACGGCGCUGCUGGCGCACAACGUCGACGCGGCGGUGCUGACGUGGCGGGGCGGCAACCUGAUCGGGUUCGUCAACCAGGUCACGCUGCUCUGCUGGGUGUCCAGCUUCACGAUCUGGUGCAUGGGCGAGGUGUUUUGGGAAAAGUACGAGGGCGACACCACGGGCGACUUUACGUUUUUGACGAAGAAGCCGCGGCACUGGCUCUUCCUUCGGUGGUGGGCGAGUUGGGUGCUGACGAUCGGCACGGUCUUCUUCUUCGGGUUCUGGGCGAUCUACGCCUUCGUCGCGCGAGUGCCGGGCGCGAGCGGCGAGGACGACGACCGUUACGACCGUUACGACGAAGGCGAAGGCGCCGCGAAGGAGCCGCCGUCGCCGCCGGCUUCGGACGACCAGCCGCCGCCGAGCGAGACGGAAAGGCUCCUCCCGGAUUUGUCCGACGGUGUGCCCGACGGCGUGUCCGACGGGUCCCGCGAGGGGUUCGGGAGCGAGCGGAGUCGCGACUGGUGA